CUCUAGCUCUCGCCACAACCUGCGCGCCCCAGACCUCGGAGGAGCGCCCCGGGGAGCUCGGAGCGCGUGCACGCGUGGAAGACGGAGCAGGCCAGUGGCCAGCAGCUUGAAUACACUGGGCCCUGAAAGGUUUGAGCGGCCUUUUGCAGUGGUGAAGAUGAGAAAAAAGUGGAAAAUGGGAGGCAUGAAAUGUAUCUUCUCCUUGUUGCUGUUCUUUCUUUUCCUAGAAGGAAGCAAAACAGAACAAGUAAAACAUUCAGAGACAUACUGUGUGUUUCAAGACAAGAAGUACAGAGUGGGCGAGAGAUGGCAUCCUUACCUGGAACCUUAUGGGUUGGUUUACUGUGUCAACUGCAUCUGCUCAGAGAAUGGGAAUGUGCUCUGCAGCCGAGUCAGAUGUCCAAGCCUCCAUUGCCUGUCCCCUGUGCAUAUCCCUCAUCUGUGCUGCCCGCGCUGCCCAGAAGACUCCCUACCCCCGGCAAACAAUAAGGUGACCAGCAAGUCGUGUGAGUACAACGGGACCACUUACCAACACGGUGAGCUGUUCGUGGCUGAAGGGCUCUUUCAGAACCGGCAACCCAAUCAGUGUACCCAGUGCAGCUGUUCGGAGGGGAAUGUGUACUGCGGUCUCAAGACUUGCCCCAAGUUAACCUGUGCAUUCCCAGUCUCUGUUCCGGAUUCCUGUUGCCGGGUGUGCAGAGGGGAUGGAGAAUUGUCGUGGGAACAUUCUGAUGGUGAUAUCUUCCGGCAACCUGCCAACAGAGAAGCAAGACAUUCCUACCACCGCUCUCACUACGACCCUCCACCAAACCGACAGGCCGGAGGUCUGCCCCGCUUUCCUGGGGCCAGAAGCCACCGAGGAGCUCUUAUGGAUUCCCAGCAAGCAUCGGGCACCAUCGUGCAGAUUGUCAUCAACAACAAACACAAGCACGGACAAGUGUGUGUUUCCAAUGGAAAGACCUACUCCCAUGGCGAGUCCUGGCACCCGAACCUCCGGGCGUUUGGCGUUGUGGAGUGUGUGCUGUGCACUUGUAAUAUCACCAAGCAAGAGUGUAAGAAAAUCCACUGCCCCAAUCGAUACCCCUGCAAGUAUCCGCAAAAAAUAGAUGGAAAGUGCUGCAAGGUGUGUCCAGGUAAAAAGGCAAAAGAAGAACUUCCAGGCCAAAACUUUGACAGCAAGGGCUACUUUUGUGGAGAAGAAACAAUGCCCGUGUAUGAGUCUGUGUUCAUGGAGGAUGGGGAGACCACCAGAAAAAUAGCCCUGGAGACAGAGAGACCACCUCAAGUAGAGGUCCACGUUUGGACCAUCCGGAAGGGCAUUCUCCAGCACUUCCAUAUUGAGAAGAUCUCCAAAAGGAUGUUUGAGGAACUCCAUCACUUCAAGCUGGUGACCAGGACGACCCUGAGCCAGUGGAAGAUAUUCACCGAAGGAGAAGCUCAGAUCAGCCAGAUGUGUUCAAGUCGUGUGUGCAGAACAGAGCUUGAAGAUUUGGUCAAGGUUUUGUACCUGGAGAGGUCUGAAAAGGGCCACUGUUAGACGAGACAGACAGUAUUGGAGAGGGUAAAGCAAGAAAACUCAAGCUGCAGCUGGACUGCGGGCUGAUUUUGCUUAAGUCAACAGUGCCCUAAAACCCCAAACUCAAAUGCAGUUCAUUAUUCACGCCAUGCACAGCAUAACUUGCUCCUUUAUGUGGAGUGGUGUGUCAGUCCUUAAACACCUCCUGCAAAGAGACUAGAAGAGUCUUGAGUUAUUUGUGGGAGGAGGAGGGCUAGAACACCACAACACUGCUCUAGUUUCUGGGAGAAUCACAUUUCCUUACAGGUUAAAGAGUAAACCAAACCCUAGGGUUUCUAUCUAGAAAGUUACUCCAAUGAAAGAAAACCGAUGAGAAUUUGCUUAGUAGGAGUUGUGUAGUACAGAGGAAAUACGUGUAUGAAAUUAUACUCUUUGAAUUUUAGGAUGUCUUGUGUUUUUAAGAAAAUAUUAACUGCCCA